ACUUGUUACUUUUCUUCGAUAACUUCUUUUUCCCUUUUAGUUUCUAUUAUUGGUAUCUGCAGUGCAUGACAAUUAGUCAAAACUCAGGUGUACUACCAUACCAAGACAUAGGAAAACUAGAACGCGGAAUUCAAAGACUUCAAAGACAACAACUCAUGGCCGUUCAAAGGAACCCGCACGACGGUGACCUUGGUCCGCAAUCUCAAGUUCCAGCCCUCGACGAGCAUGGAAAGCCCUUAGACGAUGAAGAUGGCAACUCCAUCUACGAACAAGCCGAAGAAAGACUCGACCAACAAGAUGGCCGAGACCGAGAUCAACAAGCUCCUCCAGAAGCUAAUCCUCAAGGCGUGGGAGACAACCUCAACGUUUAUCUUCCGCAGCUAGCUAAUGUCAUUAAUGCCUAACACCCUUUUAAUAUUUCCACAAGACAUGCCGCUUAUGUUCCUCCUUUGAGAAGAGCCGCUCCAUACCGUACGAUAGCCGAUUAUGAUGCACCAAAUCAAUAACCGCAAGAUCAAGCU